AUGUCGGCUGGACCGCAACCGCAAGACGCGGCUGCCGAGGCCCUCAACCAAGAGAUCAAAGACCUCAAGGCCAGACUUAAAUCUUUGAAAAAGGAUGUCAAAAUCCAGGCGACGGCUUUGAUCUCGGCUGAAUCGACGCGACAAGCCCUUCAAGAAACCGACCGCAACCGCGGCGUGCUGGCGCUGCCCUCCAAAUCGAGACCAGACCGCGAAGAGAUCCUCUCCCGAUCGAAAGCCCAAGACGCGCACGACCAACAAUGUCUCUACCGCACAUGCGCAACCGUCACGACCUUCAAGGUCCAAGAUCCCGACCCGAACGCCGUCGACCACGGCAACGUCCUCGGCAUCCGCAUCGAGCUGAUGGCCGACGCGCGCUUCCGAAGACCGUUCUACGUAAUGCUCAACCGGCCAUACAAGGACUCGCGCCACCUGCGAGUGCACCGCCAUACCGUCCCCGUCUGCAUCCCGCUCUCAGGACUCGCUGCGCGACACUUGCCCGCUCCGAGACCAGCCGACGCCGAGAGGCAGACGACGCAGGACCUGUCGCGCUUUGUCCGGACGUUGAGAAGGGAGAUUGUCCGUUACCACAAUCGUAUUACUAUCAUUGGCGACCUGCAAAGAGCUGCAGGGCUGCGCGGCGGUCCGCGAGAGGACGAGUCGGAGCAGGCUGUGGUCAGCAUCAGUGCAGCAGAUGGCGAAGCGAAGCAGAUCAGCCUUGAGUGGGCCGACGGCAGAUCAGGCAGAUUGGUCAUGAGCGAGGAUGGGCAAAUCCAAAAGGUUGUCGUUCUCGGCAGCGGUGGAAGAGACCGAGAGGUCACGCGAGAGUUGCUUGGAGAGAGCCGUCGCGUCGAAGACGUCGCCAAGUGUCUGACACGCACAUGA